AUGGACGUGGACGUGGACGUAGAGGACAUGGACGUGGACAUGGACGUGGACGUAGACGUGGACGUGGACGUGGACAUGGACAUGGAAGAGGACGUGGACGUGGACGUGGACAUGGACGUGGAGAUGGAUGUGGACGUGGACGUGGACGUGGACGUGGUUGUGGACGUGGACGUGGACAUAGAUGUGGACGUGGAGGACUUGGACGUGGACAUGGACGUGGACAUGGACAUGGACGUGGACGUGGACGUGGACGUGGAGGUGGUCGUGGACGUGGAUGUGGACGUGGACGUGGUCGUGGACGUCGACAUGGACAUGGACGUUGACGUGGACGUGGACAAGGACGACUUGGACGUGGACGUGGACGUGGACGUGGACGUGGACAUGGACGUGGACGUGGACGUGGACGUGGACGUGGACGUGGACAUGGACAUGGACGUGGAAAUGGACGUGGACGACUUGGACGUGGACAUGGACGUGGACGUGGACGUGGACGUGGACGUGGAUGUGGACGUGGACGUGGACGUGGACAUGGACAUGGACGUGGACGACAUGGACGUGGACAUGGACGUGGACGUAGACGUGGACGUGGACGUGGACAUGGACAUGGAAGUCGACGUGGACGUGGACGUGGACGUGGAUAUGGACGUGGAGAUGGAUGUGGACGUGGACGUGGACGUGGACGUGGUCGUGGACGUGGACGUGGACGUGGACAUGGACGUGGACGUGGAGGACUUGGACGUGGACAUGGACGUGGAUGUGGACAUGGACGUGGACGUGGACGUGGACGUGGAGGUGGUCGUGGACGUGGACGUGGACGUGGACGUGGUCGUGGACGUGGACGUGUACAUGGACGUUGACGUGGACGUGGACAAGGACGACUUGGACGUGGACGUGGACGUGGACAUGGACGUGGACGUGGACAUGGACGUGGACGUGGACGUGGACGUGGACAUGGACGUGGACGUGGACGUGGACGUGGAUAUGGACGUGGACAUGGACGUGGACAUGGACGUGGACAUGGACGUGGACGUGGACAUGGACGUGGACAUGGACGUGGACGUGGACGUGGACAUGGACGUGGACGUGGACGUGGACAUGGACAUGGACAUGGACGUGGACGUGGACAUGGACGUGAACGUGGACAUGGACGUGGACGUGGACAUGGAAGUGGACGUGGACGUGGACGUGGACGUGGACUUGGACAUGGACGUGGACGUAGACGUGGACAUGGACGUGGACGAAGACGUGGACGUAGACAUGGACGUGAACGUGGACGUGGACGUGGACCUCGACGUGGACGUGGACGUAGACGUGGACAUUGUCAUGGACGUGGACGUGGACGUGGACGUGGUCGUGGACGUGGACGUUGACGUGGACGUGGAGUUGGACGUGGACGUGGACGUGAACAUGGACGUAGACGUGGACGUGGACAUGGACGUGGACGUGGACGUGGACGUGGAGAUGAACGUGGACGUGGACGUGGACGUGGACGUGGACGUAAACAUGGACGUAGACGUGGACGUGGACAUGGACGUGAACGUGGACAUGGACGUGGACGUGGAAGUGGACGUGGAGAUGAACGUGGACGUGGACGUGGACGUGGACGCUCUUGGACCAGGCAAGCUCUUGGACUAA